GGGGAAAACGUGCUCGGUUCCUUUGAACAACAAGGGCUUGGCUUCUGACGUGCUCACCUUCUAUUCUCCCUCCACAACCCACGACAACCGCGACAACCUCAAUACCCGCGACAACCUCCUUCUCUCCCUCCACUACCUUCUUUACUACUCCACCCAGACUGAACCUCUCUCUACCCUUUAAACAAUUCUACACCAUCAACUUCAAGAUAAUGCCGCCCUCGUAUCUUCCCCCGGUCGGCCGCAACUUGGUCAACCAACGCCAGAAGGGUGUCAAUGUUGGUAACAGCGGCGGAGGUGUGCCCAACGAGAUCACCUGCUACGUCUGCAAGAAAAAGAAGCCGAAGUCUCAGUACGCCAAUCGCCAGAUCCAGAGGUUCGCCGACACCAUCUGUAACGUCUACGCUCCGGCCGGCCGUACCCUCACCGAUCCUAAAACCACCUGCAAGACCUGCACUCCCCAGCAAGUGACCGAGCUCACCUGCUGCAAUUGUGAGAAAACCAAGGGACUCACGCACUUCGCCAAGAACCAACGCAAGAACCCCGACGCCGCCCGCUGCAUGAAGUGUGUUCAGCGCGGCCUUGGUGCUGGGUCCGGCGACGAGUUUUCUGACGGCGACGACGACACCGACCAGGAUGACAGUGAGCGCGAACUGAGCGACUUUGACGGCGCAAAGCCCACCGAGAAGAAGCCGCUUGUCCGCCGCUCCGCCGCCGCCAACGCCGGGAUGUUCAACGAUGAGAACUCGGCUGUCACCAGCUUCGGCGAUACCUCCAGCAUGGUUUCUGCUGAUCCUGCUGCUGACGAGGGUUGGCAGCCUGUCACCGCUGCUGGCAACUACCCCCAGAAGAGGGAGUACGCCCUUCCGGAGUACACCCACCCCUCCUACACCCCAGGACCUUUGGCUCGCGCCCCAACCCAGCAGCCUGCAGGAGCUAUGGUCCGCACCUCCGGUCAGCAGCCCGCUGGAACGGUGGUCCGCACCCAGGGUCAGCAGCCUGCAGCGACCAGGGGCGGUUGGAACAGGGUCCCUAAGACCGUCGCUGUACAGGAGUCGGACGAGUGGGAUAACUACGCGCGCGAUCUCACCAACCGUCGUGAUGCCAACAAGAGGAACUCCGCGAGGAAGAACAAGAAGCCGGCUACCAUCUCGGACGCCGAAGACGAGGAUUGGGACUAAGGGAUUGCUGUCUCGUUCUCCCUCGUCUAUUUCUUUUCGGCUUUUUCUUUUCGGCCUU